AUGUCAAUUAACUAUUUAAAGGAAGUGGAUGAUCCAAUUACCAAGGAAAAAGCAUUAAAGUCAUCUCUAAUUACCAUCAGCAUUAGUGGAGAAGACCACACACUAGGUAAUCUUCUUCGGUCGAGACUGAGUCAAAUGCCAGAGGUCGAAUUCGCCUCGUACUCUAUUCCCCAUCCAUCAUUGUCGGAGAUGAACUUCAGGUUACAAGUGAAUGAAGGACUAGUUGCUUUGGACGUCUUCAAGCAAGCACUGGAUGACCUAAUAUAUUUGAGCAAAGGGAUAUCGAAAGAAUUCAAUGAAAAGUAUGGUCAGUUUGAUACUACCAUGGCGGAUACUACUACGGCGGACUAG